CUCACCCUCAAUGAAAGCGAGAGAGAAAAACAAACAGAGAUAGAAAGAAAAUUCACCAGAGAAACAUAGAACAAGGAAAUUAAGCUCAAAACUAGAGAGAGAAAAAACUCCAAUAGAAAGAAAAUGGCGUUGUACCUCGACGAAGAAGAAGUUUGGAAGUGUCCCAAGCAUCCAUCCAAACGAAGAAGAAGCGGAAUUUGCCCAAUCUGUCUUCGCGACCGUCUCGCAACUCUGUGCCCUGAUUGUGCUAACGUGCGCCCUUGUUCCUGCUAUGCCACUAGCUCCUCCUCCUCUUCAUCCUCCUCCUCCUCCUUCUCUCGAUUGCCCGGCGGCUCUGGCAGCGUCGGCGGCGUCGGCCGCGUCCACAACCUCAUCGACCAGGAGCCAGGACUCCGGCGCUCGCGCUCCAUGGCGAUUCCGUUUCUCCGGUCGCGGUCGCGGUUCUCCGGUGGCGGCGACCGGGGUUUGGAUCUCGACAGCGCUAGGGACUCGCCGGCGUUGAACGGAAGCAGGUCGGCGAGGUCGUUCUGGUCAAUGUUCAAGUCGCAGAAGAGCACGAGAGGCGGCGCGCCGGAGCAGGAGUGGGACGCAAAGAAGAUUUUGGCGGAGGAACGCGACGGAGACGGGAGCGUAAAUCCGGUGAUGGUGCGGUCGAAGUCAGUGGCGGUUACUGCGGUUUCCGGCGACGGAGAAUUGAGACCGCGGACGAAGGGGAGAGGGUGGUUCUUUCCAAGCCCGAUGAAGGCUUUCCGGCAAUCGAAGGUUUCUAAAGUGGUUCAGGAACGGUCUCCUUUGUAUAGAGGUUGAAAUUUUGUAGAUUAAAAAAGUAAUAAUAACAAUAACAAAUACUUUAUAUAAGUUUAUAUUAACCAAAAUAUUAAAGUUUUAUUUUGUUUCAGUAUGGUCUUGAUUAUAUUCUUCGUCAUCGUGAUUGUAGUGCGAUAUAUUCGGCUGGGAAUGUUGAAUUUGCAAUUAGCAAUACAAAUACAAUGGCAGAAUGUUUAUUAUUAUUGAUAUCA